UCUAUUCUACUGCGCAGGUCACUUUUUUCCGCCAUCUUGGAUUUUGAGUAAGUUUGGUAAACCGAAAGGUAGAAGACAUGUCUGAAAUAAGUGAAGUCAAGUUAGAGACUGCUCCCUUUGAUGCAAGAUUCCCAUACACAAACCAAACCAGAAAUUGCUGGUGGAACUAUGUCGACUUCCAAAGAUGUACUAAGAAAUUAGGAGAGGAAAAUGAAGUCUGUCACCAGUUCAAGAAAGCUUUUACUUCUCUUUGCCCAAAAGCCUGGGUGGAAAACUGGGAUGAACAAGUAGAAAAUGGAACAUUUGCUGGGAAAAUAUGAUUGCUUGUUUGAUAAUAGGUUACAGUGAUAAUUUUUUUGCUUAUGUAAACAAAAUGUAUUUUAAAUGAAUUGUAAAUGAUUUGUGUUGAAACAUGGAAGUGUCACAUGCUUUACAUUCCAGACUUUUCUGAAGUACUUGUUGGAACAAUAAACAUGUUUAUUCU